GUCUCCAGAGAACAUCAAGCAUCUCUUAUUCCAAGCAGCUGCUUUACUCCACGCUCUGUUAUACCCCAAAUUUUUCUUUGAUGAAGAUGUCUAGCAUGGAACAGAUGUCGGAGAAACAUGAGAGCAAGCCCGUUGCGACUAUGAUCGAGAAUGCUAGCACUCAUCAGUGCGAGCGGAUGCAGCACGAGGAAUCUGUCAAAGACGCCAUUCGUAACAACCUUGGUAGUUUGGCAUGGUGUUGCUACACUCUUUUCACUUGCAUCAUGUGGGGCUACGAUGGUCUUGCAGGUUCUGUCGUCAUCUCUUUGCCUUACUUUCGCAGGGAUUUCGGAACCCCAUACGGAGAGUCUUAUGUCAUACCGGCAAAGUGGCAACUUGCAUUCACAGCGGGCACUAUGAUCGGUCUUGUGGGAGGCGGUCUUGCAACCGGACUUGUUGCGAGUAGAUAUGGAAGGCAGGUAUGCAUAGGGGUCGCAUAUCUGCUCACUAUUAGCGGCGUCUUUGCACAAUGGUUCGCAAAUGGAAGCCUUCCUCUAUUUUUUAUCGGCAAGAUAUUGACUGGACUCCCUCUCGGUGUCUUCACCAGUGUUGCUCCAGCUUACUGCUCCGAGCUUGCACCGCUUGCUCUUCGUGGUUGUGUCACCGCUGCUGUGAACUUUAGCAUCGUACUCGGACAAUUCUUCUGCUACUGCGCACUUCGUCAGACCCAAACAAUCGCCGGACCGAACUCCUACAAGAUUUUGUUCGCGGUACAGUGGGGAUUCGCAGCCGUCGGUCUCGUCAUCCUUCCAUUCUUCCCAGAGUCUCCGUACUUCUUGAUUUCGAAAGGAAAGACGGAGAAAGCCAGGAACAACAUCGUCAAAUUGCGUGGAGCCAACUUUGACGCCGACGGGCACAUGGCCCAGAUCCAGAUUGACCUCACAGACAAUCAGAGUCUAGAAGAAGGAGGCUUCGCUCGAUGCUUCAACAAGGAUAACAGGCUCCGUACCAUUAUCGCUUGCAGCACUUUCGCCGUUAGUGCUAGUAGUGGUGUUCUCUGGGUUGUAGGUUACCUCAGUUACUUCCUGGAACUUACUGGUUUGGACCCCAGCCAGGUCUUCGACACAGCUGUCGGAAUUAUUGCGCUCAUGGUAGUCGGUAACAUGGCGGGUUGGUAUGCCAUCGAAAAACUAGGAAGACGCGGUUCCUUCCUCUGGGGUUCAAUUGUUCUUACGGUGGCGUUGUUCAUGAUUGGAAUUCUCGGCCUCAUCGAAGGGGCCGUUUGGGGACAGGUCGCGUUCGUAUGUAUCUGGGCCUUCGUCUAUCAAGCCACCGUCGGCUCUGCCUGCUGGUCGAUGGCCUCGGAGAUUCCAACAUCAAGCCUGCGCGCGCCAACCGUCUCUCUCGCCGUCAUGACCAACGGCAUUUGCAACGCUGUGUGGUCCUUCGCACUACCUUACAUGAUCAACCCUGAUGAAGGAAACAUGGGUGGUAAGAUCGCCUUUGUCUACGGACCUUUGUUGCUUGUCGUGACGAUCUUCAUCUUCUUCUAUUACCCGGAGACACGCGGGCGCACCUUCUUGGAAAUUGACGAACUUUUCAGACAACGCGUCAAGCCUAGACACUUUGCAAGAACGCAGCUCGCGGUGGUUAGAGCUUGAAGUAGCAUUCGCACAACGGUGUCUGUCUCGACUUCCUAGAUACGCCUAAAUUACUAUUCUGCAUCUAGCUUGCUAAGUCC